CCCCUCUCCUCUGUGCACGAAACCCCUCUGCCCGAAUUCCUCGCCACUUCACCACCCCUCUCCCGCUUCCCGGUUUCGCUCAAAACCAUCGCCUUCGUGACCGAACCCUCGCGAUACUGUCGCGAACAGAGAUACCCGGGAAGGCAACGGCGUAGAUCCCAUCUUUCUCCUCCUUCCGCCUCCUACCGGAAGUCCUUUUUGCGCGAAAGCCCUUCCAGAUUUUGCCAAAUCAACUGAUUUAGUAAUUCCGGGAUUUAAGGCAGAAACAGUGAAAUCCGGAUUUCUCAAACCACGGCGUUAUUUUGUCUAAAAUGACCGUCUGGCAAGAUUUAGGCAAAAUCUAGGUUAAAUCCUGCUCUAAAUGUUGAAGAUUGGCCGCACUAGGUUAAAUCCGAGUCAUCUUCGCCGUCUGGCAGGACUAGGUUAAACCCUACUCAAUUCCUCCUACCAAACAGCUCCCAAAUGUUGAAGCCAUGACAACCUGAUAAUUCUUCUUCUCUGUAGCGUUAACUGCUGUAGCGUAUGGCUUCUCCUCCAGAGAAGAUGCAGAAGAAGCAACAUACUAAGAAAAAGGAUAACAAAAGAGGGGAAAACCUAACAGUAGAGGAUCUUAAAAUCCUAGGCCUCCAGCUCCUCUCAUCCAGGGCUCACGUAAAUAAUCUUCCAAUCCUCCUUUCUGUUCUCUCUCCACGAUCUCCAGCUGACCUUCUGCUAGAAUCCCUUAUCUCCCUUCAAUCUUUCUUCCUUCCUCUUCUCCCAGAACUUCCCUCGACUUCAUUCAUUUCCAAGCAAACUGGAUCAGAGGAGGAUCUGGAUGCCAUUUACAGUUCUUGGCUUCGGGUCAGUUUCGACACUUUGGUGAACACUCUGAUAGAGAUUGCGGUUUCAUACACGUCUGUUGAGGCUAUUAAAGAUGUGGCACUUGAUGCGAUUAUGGAUUUUGUGAAGCAGGGAAAGGAUGGAAGGUUUAAUUCUGCAAUUUACCACAAACUUCUUAAGAGCAUAGUAAGUACACAAUGCAAUUUCUGUGAACCGUUAUUGAAUUUGCUUUCAACAAAGUAUUUCAAGUACAUAGAUAUACGUUAUUUCACUUACACUAGUUUGUACAAAAUUUCGAAGGACUGCAACUCAACUACUACUACUACCACUGGUUUGACAGAUGACAAAAAAAAUAAUUUGCAGAAUCCUAGAGAGGAAACUGAAUCACGGCUGGAGAUUUCUAUUCGCACAAUCUACAAUGUCUUAUCAUGCAUACCGCCUUUGGAAAAAUUGGACGAGCAACAAAGUCAUGAUACAUGGAACCAGCUAUUCUUGUCACCAAAGGAUGAGGACAAGAAGUUUUCCAACGCCGUUGAUGCAGAGGCCAAUCUUUUGGGAUCAAAGAUGUUGUCAACAAUUCGUAUCAUCAAGAAAUUCAAACUGAGGUUCACAAAAGCUUGGUUAUCUUUUCUUGGGUUGCCACUUCCACUCGACAUUUACAAGGAGGUUCUUGCUACUCUCCAUCUAAAUGUGAUUCCUUAUAUGUCAAACCCGGCCAUGUUAUGUGAUUUCUUAACGAGAUCUUAUGACAUUGGCGGUGUCAUCAGUGUCAUGGGCCUUAGUGGUCUCUUUGUUCUGAUGACACAACAUGGUUUGGAGUAUCCUAAGUUUUAUGAGAAACUUUAUGCAUUAUUAAAACCAGAUGUUUUUAUGGCCAAACAUCGAGCUGGAUUUUUCCAACUCCUGGAUACCUGUUUGAAAUCUUCACAUCUACCAGCUUAUCUUGCUGCGGCUUUUGCCAAAAAACUAAGCAGAUUGGCUUUAUCAGCACCACCAUCAGGAGAACUGAUUAUUAUUGCUUUAACUCAUAAUCUCCUCCGGAGGCACCCUUCAAUCAACUUUUUGGUGCAUCAGGAAAUUGAUGAUCAUGUGAAUGGAGAUGCUUCUGUUGAAGGUGCUGACUCUAGAGAGAUUCUAAGGAAGUCUGAUGCUGAUCCUGUUGCUCGAAGUGUAAAAAAUGGUGUUGAUCCGUUUGACAAUGAGGAGCCAAACCCUCUUAAAUCUAAUGCAAUGCGAAGUUCUUUAUGGGAAAUUGGCACCCUCCUGCAUCACUAUUGUCCUGCUGUUUCGAGAUUUGUUGCUUCACUGGAGAGUGAUCUGACAGUAAGGGCCAAAACAUCUGAAAUGUCUAUUUCAGAUUUUAGUUCUGGUUCUUAUGCCACAAUCUUUAGAGACGAGGUUCGGCGCCGAAUUAAGCAAUGCCCGGUUGCUUUUUACAGGGAAACGCCGACAUCUCUAUUUAUUGAAUCAGAUUUUCCAGGUUGGUUGUUCCGGGAUCAGCAAGAACAUGGUGCUGAAAAUGGAGACGAAGAUGAGAGGUUGGGAAAAAGAACCGUGGAGAGUGAAGAACGGGAUGUCAAGAGGUUGAGGGUAGAGGCUUAUUGAUUUUAAUAAUUAAUUCUAAGUUUUUACAUUUUUUUGGGUUUUGGGGGUUUUGUGCCAUGAAGGGUCCUUGCUUCUUAGGAACCGGAUUAUUAUGCGAAUUUUAGCAGGGUAUUUUGUUUAUGCGAUUGAAUGGCUGGGAGUAAGGCUAGUGAAUUCUGUUCUCUAUCUAAGCGGUAGAAUUUUGGAGGGUUGUAAACUUUUUUUUCCUCAUGAGUUUGGUUGUUGUAUUAUGUUGAGCUUUGAGCAAUUUGUUAUAUUAUUCAUGUGUAAAAUUAGAGGAACUAUUUGUAGAGGAA